AUGGCACCCGCGUUUCCCCUUCAUUACACUGAGCAGAGACUGCACUCCGGUGAUCCCUCCAUUAGAGCGAUGGGCAAGGCGCGGCGGCUCUCAAGAAGCUACUCAUCCACAUUCGUAGCGGACUACGGGCAUGCAAUUGAGAGAGUGGGCGAGUCGGAAGGGCUUGCUAGCUCGGGACGUGUUGCCUCUGAGGACUCUUCCGCCCCGAAAAGGAAGUGUAUAAGCUUGAACAUGGAUCGAUGUGAGGGCUUCAAUGUACCCACACAAGUUAUUUCCGUCUCCAAGAUGUCUGCUUCGGAGAGGAAGGAAGUAGAACUCAGGCUAAGAGCUCAACUUGAGCAGGUUCAGUCACUUCAGAAGAAAAUAGAAUCAGAUGCAGCUAGUGCAGUUGCCGUCUCUUCAACGGCUGAUGGCUCUUCGAAGAAGGGACCUGUGGCCGGGGGAAAUGCUCAUCAAUUGAAGCGUGGGCAUUCCGGGCGAUUUGAACGCACAGCAUGUGCCCCAUCAUCUCCUGUGUCUUCUGGCGGUGGUGGAGCAUUCAUGAAGCACUGUGUGCAGCUUCUCAAUCGUUUGUUGCAGCACCCUUAUGCGUGGGUCUUCAAGGAGCCUGUUGAUGCAGAUAAGCUGAACAUUCCGGAUUACUACACGAUUAUUAAGCAACCAAUGGAUUUGGGAACCGUCAAGAGCAAGUUAACGUUGGGUUCUUAUGUCACACCGUUGGAUUUUGCUACGGAUAUAAGGCUCACAUUUACGAACGCAAAAACGUAUAAUCCACCUGGGAAUGAUGUUCAUCUUAUGGCAGAUGCAAUGAGUGUGAAAUUCGAAUCGAAAUGGAAACUCAUUGAAAAGAAGUUUCCUGCAGAUGGGACUAACGUUUCAAGGGAAACGAAAGCAUUGAAACCCUUUGCGCAGACAAAGAAAAGGAAAGGCCCAUCUGCGAACCAUGCAUCAGUUGUACCAGUUAGUGGAGAGAGAGCGAAAAAAGAGAUCCAGAGUAUGAAGGAAAAGAUGACUUCUGAUGAGAAGCAUAAGCUAAGUAGUAGGUUAGAAUCUUUUAUUUCCGUGCUUCCAGACCAGAUUAUAGAAUUUCUGAAGAAGAACAGCGGUCAUCAGAUGGAUGCUACGGAUGAUGAAAUAGAGAUUGAUAUUGAUGCACUUGGUGACGAAACAUUAUUUGAGCUGAAAAGGCUUCUGGACGAGUUCUUACCAGAGGAUGGGGCUAAGCAAGACGUGAAUGUGCAGCACGGUGAGAUGGAGGUAUACUCCCUUCUCCCUCUUGAUCGUGCUAACGGGUCAAGGCUAUCCUUUAUGUGAUUAAAAAAUUAUUCUGAACCUUUGGUGCAGGUUAUGAAUGAAUCAGGCCUCAGCAAUUCAUCAAUGCAGCCCGUUAAAGGUUCUUUUGUUUCUCCUUUGUCGUUUUCAUCUAAAUCCUAUCCAUGGUGAUUAGGUAUUCAUCAUCUUUUUUCUUUUAAAUCUUCAGGAAAUGAACCUCUUGUUGAUGAGGAGAUAGAUAUUGUUGGAAAUGAUAUCCGCAUCUCAAGCUACCCUCCGUCGGGGACAGAUAAAGAUACACUACAGAUAAAAAGCAAAUGCAGUAGCUCGAGCAACUCCAGCAGUGAUUCUGAAUCUUCGAGUGGUUUGUAUUUUUUCUCAGCUUUGUCCUUAUCCUCGUUAUGUUUUCCCAGGGACAUCUUCUUUUCACCUGUUGUCACCUUAUCCAUUUCCUUGUGUUCUUGGUUGCGGGAUGAGGAGGUUAUUGCAUUGGCUGCAUUCAUGAACUUGCGGCUUGAGCCCAACUUAGUUUCCUAUGACCAUGCAGUUUGACUUUUGGCACGUGUCAGGAUUUAUGCAUAAACUCUAAUGUCUAAUCUAGUACCUACCACACUGGAAUAAAUGUGUUAAUGCUGUCAAACCCUAAUUUGGCAUUUACAAUGAGGGGUACUUUUUUCUUUCUUUCUUUCUGAGAACUAUUAUACUAUACAAAAAAAAUCAUUUUUGGUUGAAAUGUACAGAGCAAGGUAUUUUGAUAAUUAAUAUUCCAAUCGCGAUCCUGUGCAUGCACUUGUUGUUCAGGCCGAUUGUGGUUAAUGCAUGUGAAGGUGGGCAGUGAGUGAAAUUGCUCAAGUUAGUGUUUCCUGCUUGUCUGUUGUACUGUCGGUGUUAUUUGUUCUAGGGGGUUAUUGGGGUCUCCUCUUGCUUGGACGCUUUUUGUCUCUUCUGUUUCAAUGAAAUUUUCUUCCAUCUUCAUGAAAGAUUGGUAAGGAAUGACCAUCGUAAUCAAAUUUUUUGGGGGAAAAAAUAGAGAUCUUUUUUGUUCAUUGAGUAUUAAUUGAGCUGAGAGAUUUUGGGUAUCAUUUGGUAGGAUAUUCUAACUUCUCGCAGUGAUGCGAUAAUUUGUGUGCUGUUUUUCUUGGAUUCUGAUAAAAAAUGGCUUUUACUUGUAGAGGCUUUGCCUAUCUUAGGCUUUAUUUUUGCAUGAAUUUACUCUCUGAUCUAUAAAAUUCUAGAGAAUACUGCAUUUUUUUACGUUCAUUUUAUAAUGGUGAAAUCUGAACUCUUAAGUAAUUAAAUUAUCAGAUAGGUAUUUACGAAUACGAGGCUGAAUCCAGAACCAUUUUUUAAAGAGAUAGAUUAACUAUGAUCUUGAUGUCAGACGUCACAAUUUUUUGGUACUUUUGACAAAAUAUUUCAGUUUUCGUGUGGUUCCUAAAAUUAUACAUAUGAAAUAAUAAAUAUGAGAUGAAUUAACGAAUCAAAUCACCUCCUAAUUAAAAAUAGUUGCAUAGUAUACUCAGCUGGACACGAUCAUCCUAAACUAUGCCACCAAAGGCAGUAAAACCAGUAUUCAUUAAAAUAAGAAGAUCCUAUACCAUACAUAGCAGAUGAGAGUAAUUCUCCUAACUUCAUGGAUCAUCCUGGGGACUCUAUGAAUGACGAUGCUUAUCGCCAAUAUUCCGACCUUAGUUUCUCAAGAUGGUAGAUAUGACGAGAGCUUGAUGUCAUUAACCUUAAAAGCUUGACCUGACGUAUUCCCUUUUAUUUUUGGCAAGUUGGACAGUUUAAACAGAAUGUUAACCUUAUGUUGAUAUUUUGUCUCGGAUCCAUGCCUUCUUCUAAAACUUCCUUCAGAAUUAUCUUUGCACGUGAUCAGCAUUUAAGAUGUUGGACCUUGUGUAAGCUCUCCCAUUUUUCACUGGCUGAACAGUUUAGGAAGGAUGUUAAGGACAUCGUUGCAUUUUAGCUUUAAUAAUAUAAAGUUAUGCUUUGAGUUCAAAAUCUGUUCAGAGACAUAAAAUGAUGCUAGAUUACUAAUUUGUCUAUCUAGCUCUGUAAUUAGGGUUUGUACCGAUGGCAAAAAUAUGCUGGGCAAGUUGCUAUGCUCUUAUGCCACCCUGUUAUACUUUGUUAACCAUUCAUGGAUUAAGCACCAUUUAGAUUACUAUUUUGUUUUAAAGUUUUUAAAUUUGGCGAAAAUAUCUACAAGGAGACAAAUAAUAAAAAUAACCCUGGUGCUUAUCUUUAAGCAAAUACUUUGUUACCAUCUUGAUUCUCUUUGUCAUGAAAUGAAUACGAAGAGAUCUCUCCACACUUCUGACGCCACAGAUCAUCUCUUUUUUUUCUUUGUGAUCCUUUUUGUCAUUGAAUCGUUUCUUCUGCCUGCCUGCAAUCCACAGAUUCGGAGUCGGACAGUUCGUCGGAGAGUGAGUUGGAUGCCGCGAAGAUGUCAACCCCCAUGGACGGCGUGAAGGUAUAGAUAGUAAUCUUUGGGUAAACAGCAGUCUGUCAGGACAGAGUCUCAUCAUCUCGGUUUCCUGCCUCCAGGACAUGGUGGCAUCAGAAGCAGCCUUCGAGCAAGAGAAGAGCGAUGUGAUGAAUCCGGCCGAUGGAAGCAGUGAGUCCUCCGAUCUUCAGAACGCCGCCUCUCAAGGGAUUUCAUUAUAAGAAUAUUAGAUUACUUUAUUUAGUCGUUUUUAAUAUUGGGCUUGAUUUCAAAUCCAAAAAACCAGAUAAUUCGGGCUUAAUUCGAGUUUUGUUUUCCCUCUCUAAGUUUUUUUUUUUUGGCCAGGAUCUGCUGGUGGCGGCUGGUCGGGGAACACCGAACAGGACGGGUCCUCGCAUCAUCACCAUGAGCAGCAUCCCAAGGCGAGCUCUGCGGAGGGCGAAGAGGGUAAGCGUGGUGUGGGUUUGUCUGAGGGUCUGAUUUGAGGGGUUUGAACAGUCUGAGGCGAUAUACCUUCUUCUUCCCCAUUUUGGCAAAAAAAAAUUUCUCCAGGGGAGAACGCUCCGUCUGAGCGGCAGGUCUCCCCGGGGAAGCGGUACAGGGCGGCUCUGUUGCGGAGUCGCUUCGCCGACACCAUCCUCAAGGCCCGCGAGAAGGCUCUCCUCGACAAGGUCUGCUCUCUCUCGCUCAUGACAUUAUCUAUAUAUAUAUAUAUAUAUAUAUAUAUAUAUAGAGAGAGAGAGAGAGAGAGAGAGAGAGAGAAAGAGAUGGAAAUAUUUCAUGGGUGUGUACCAUGUUGUGAUCAGGGCGAGAGGGGCGAUCCUGAGAAGCGGCAGCGUGAGAGGGAGGAACUUGAGAGGCAGCAGCGGGAAGGUAUGCGCUUUCUCUCUCUCUCUCUAUCUUUCCCUCUCUGUGUAUGUAAAGUGCAAUUCUGAGGUGAUGUUAUAUAUAUAUAAUAUAUAUAUAUGUAUGUGGAGCAGAGAAAGCCCGGCUGCAGGCGGAAGCAAAGGCAGCAGAGGACGCGCGGCGGCAGGCCGAAGCUGAGGCGGCAGCGGAGGCCAAGCGGAAGCGGGAGCUCGACAGAGAGGCGGCGCGGCAGGCGCUGCUGAAGGUUUUUGCUGCCCCUUUCUGCGUGUGGCUCGUUCUGCAAAUUCCUUUCCUCUGCAGUGCUCCCUUGAAGCUAUCUUGAGUCAACUCCGGUUGCAGAUUGAGAAGACGGUGGAGAUCGACGAGAACAGCCGGUCCCUCAAGGACCUGGAGAUGCUCCGGGCGGCGCCGCCAGAGGACCUGCCGGCGUUUGUGGACGACGAGGACAGCCCCGACCACCAAUCCCAGGACGGGGCAGGCUGCUUCAAGCUCGGAGGGAGCAAUCCUUUAGAGCAGCUGGGGCUCUACAUGAAGAUCGACGACGAAGAAGACGACGAACCAGAGCCCCCCACCACUGACGCCGCCACCACCGCCGCCGCCGACAGCCCGCCGGAGGACGUGGAGGAAGGGGAGAUUGACUGA